CUUCCCAGGCAGCCAAAAUGUCUACCAGGAGGUUACGCAGUGAUGACUACAAUGAUUACAGCUCGACAGAAGCUUCUCCUGACAGCAGCCCCCCAGAAGGCUUAAGCGGCUUCUCCUCCCCAUCAUCCUACCAGCGGUUUGGGGAGCCGGAUGGGACGACAUGGUUUCAAACCUUAAUACACCUCUUGAAAGGGAACAUCGGUACGGGCCUGCUGGGUCUCCCCUUAGCUGUGAAAAACGCUGGCAUUGUGAUGGGCCCUAUCAGUUUGUUUGUGAUUGGAAUAAUUGCAGUGCACUGUAUGCAUAUCCUGGUGAAGUGUGCCCACCAUUUCUGCAACAAACACCAAAAACCGUUCGUCGAUUAUGGGGAUGCUGUGAUGCAUGGGCUGGAAGCCAGCCCCAGCGCCUGGCUCAGGAAUCAUUCCAUCUGGGGAAGGCAUAUAGUGGGCUUUUUCUUGAUUCUCACUCAGCUGGGGUUUUGCUGUGUGUAUUUUGUAUUCCUAGCUGACAAUCUGAAACAGGUGGUAUCUGCUGCCAAUGCUACAACCAGCUCCUGCGAUGGCAACGAAACUAUGGUGUUGGCUCCUACCAUGGACACCCGGUUAUACAUCCUGUCCUUGUUGCCAUUUGUGAUAUUGUUAGUCUUCAUCCAGAACCUCAAGUUCCUUUCCAUCUUCUCUAUGCUGGCCAACCUUGCCAUGAUCUGCAGUCUGCUGAUGAUAUACCAGUAUAUUGUCAGGGGCAUUCCAGACCCUAGCUCCCUGACUCUUGUGGCCCAGUGGAAGACAUACCCGCUGUUUUUUGGCACUGCCGUCUUUGCUUUUGAAGGCAUUGGAGUGAUACUUCCUCUAGAAAACAAGAUGAAGAACCCUCAGCAAUUCCCCGUCAUCCUCUAUGUGGGAAUGGGACUUGUCACUGUCUUUUAUAUCACCCUGGGAGCACUGGGAUACUUGCGUUUUGGAGAGAUGAUCAAGGCCAGCAUAACACUCAAUCUGCCUAAUUGCUGGUUGUAUCAGUCUGUCAAGCUGCUCUACUCCUUUGGGAUCUUCUUCACGUAUGCACUGCAGUUUUACGUCCCUGCAGAAAUAAUCAUUCCUGUGGCUCUGGCUCAGGUCCCUGAACGCUGGGCGCUGUGCACCAAUCUGUUCCUGAGGUCAUCUCUGGUUUGUGCAACAUGUCUGCUAGCAAUUCUGAUUCCUCGGCUGGACAUUGUCAUCUCUCUGGUGGGCUCGGUGAGCAGCAGUGCCCUAGCCCUGAUCAUCCCGCCCCUUCUGGAGAUUUCCACAUACUACUCUGAAGGCAUGCAUCCUGCGACCGUAGCCAAAGAUGUGGUGAUCAGUCUCCUGGGUUUUAUUGGAUUCGUGGUGGGGACUUAUGAGGCUCUCUUGGAACUUAUCGUACCAACAGCUUCCAAUGCCACCAGUGCCUUACAGUGACACUUUAACUUGUGCACAGCUUUCAGUUCUGCAUUGCCAUCGGGUUUUUCCCCAGCCAUUUGGUCAGAUUCUUGAUUCUUCUUCUAGCAGCUACAGUGAUUUUGGUCCCAUCCUGCUUUCCGAGCAUCUGUGUUCUGCAGCUGUAAGGA